CAACCAGCCCAGUCUUUGAACUUCACCGCUUUUGGCUCGUAUUCACGCUCUUCCGCUCAUUUCCGAGCCAGGUGCUUGCCGACGAACCUCCGAGAGAGAGAGCGAGAGAGAGCGAGGCAGAGAUUGGGACAGAAGACAAUAUUACACUUUAACGACUCCUGUAAAGUGAGUGCGGGACGCUGCUUUCACCUUUGUGGAUUUUCUUUUCUGCGUCUUUGCUGGUCUUCUUUGACGGUGCUGGCUGCAAAACAAAACGCUCCCGGGACUUAAGAGAAAGUGUUUUGACUCCUCUGGAUUUUUUUUUUUUUGCUUCAUUUGUUCAUUUCGGCUGCAGUUUCCGUCCCAGAACAUCCGAGCCGUGGCAUGACUGGUACCUCGCGGCAGGUCAGGUGAACAGUCUCCCCCUCUCUUCUCUGAUAAGAACUUGUCCCUCUCGCUCAGUUUUGGAUAAACGAAGCGACGUUUCUUUUUUACAUUUUUUUUUUGAAAAUGUCAAAACCCGCCGAUCAUAUCAAGAGACCCAUGAACGCGUUCAUGGUUUGGUCCCGAGGACAGAGGCGGAAAAUGGCACAGGAGAAUCCCAAAAUGCACAACUCGGAGAUCAGUAAAAGACUUGGAGCCGAGUGGAAGUUGCUGUCCGAGUCCGAGAAGCGACCCUACAUCGACGAGGCCAAGAGGCUGCGGGCUCAGCACAUGAAGGAACACCCCGACUACAAGUACCGACCCCGGCGCAAGCCCAAGAACCUGCUCAAGAAGGACCGCUACGUCUUUCCUCUGCCUUACCUCGGGGACACGGACCACUUGAAGGGACUCCCAGUGUCCGCCGCCGACUCGCUGCUGGGCUCCUCGGAGAAAGCCCGCGCCUUCCUGCCGCCCACCUCCGCCCCCUACUCCUUCCUCGACCCCAGCCAGUUCAGCUCCAGCGCCAUACAGAAGAUGACCGAGAUGCCGCACACCUUGAGCACCAGCACUUUGCCCUACGCCUCCUCUUUGGGAUACCAGAACGGCGCCUUUGGGACACUAGGGUGCCCGAGUCAGCACACCCACACCCACCCAUCACCCACGAACCCCGGCUACGUGGUCCCGUGCAACUGCACGGCCUGGUCAGCGUCCAGUUUACAGCCCCCUGUGGCCUACAUACUUUUCCCAGGUAUGACCAAGGGUGGGAUAGAUCCAUAUUCAUCCGCACAUGCCGCUGCCAUGUAGACCCCCCGAUCCCUGCUGACACGCAUGUAAAUAUAUCAAGGACUGCCACUUAAAGAGGCAUGAACAGUAUUAUUACCUUGGACUCGCUUGACGGCGCAAAAAAAUCUGAUACAGUUCCCGAGUGGCGGAGCUGACUUCAAGGACCAUGUGAACUGUAAGAAAUGUAAAUGUAAUUAUGGCAACCAGAAAAAAAGGGGAGGCCUUUAACUUUAUUUAUUGUGUACAUUUCAAUACUGCUAUGCUGAAUUUGUGUUGACUUUAAAGAAGAAGAAGAAAAAACAUUAGGCUUGCACAAUUCGUUCCGGAACGCAGUCCACUUUUUUUUUUGGCACUAUAAUAAUUGUCACAUAUGAUAGAGUCAAAAUUAGGACCGAGAGGCUGAAUUAUACGGGUUUAUAUUGUUUGUAUUUAUUUAAAUCGAUAAACAAUUUCACAACAAUUAUUUCCAUUCGGUGUUUCUUUUUGUGAUUCAGUGUCAAUCUUAGAUCUUUUUCAUUGACAACUUUUAUUUGAAUUGGAAGACUUCUAUGUGUAUUUUCUAUUUAAGAUUUUAAAAAAAAAAUAGACCACUGUCAUGUUUAUGGAAAGGAUCCUGUAUCUAGAAGGUUGAUACCUCCUGCUCUUUGUUCAGCCACAGAGCAAAGACAUUUCGA